AUGACGUUGCGCCGAUCUGACAGUCUACCCACACAACUCCGGGUAAUACCUAUUCCAUCAGAGCCUGAGAUUCGAAAGCAAAAAAAUAUUCCCGAUUCCAGCACUAUUCUAAAUUUAAGUGAUCCACCUGUUCGAGAGGAAGUUAUUGCGACGUGGAAAUCCCUUCAGAUAGACGUCAAGAAAAUAAAAAAUGGAUUUGCGCCAAAAAAAGAACAAAUUAGUGGUGGAAAGGAAAAAGCAGAUUCCGAUACUGAAAGUUUCUUACCCACGUUUGCGUGUAGUAGUAAAGGUGGCCGAAAAAAAAUUUCGUACAACAAUCGACAAAUCAACACUUCAAAUCGUGCUGGCAAUCUACUUCCAUCCAUCCGUGAUACGGGACAGGUUGAGUGUGGGUCCAAAUCGGUGUACCGUCGGCGGUCUCUUUUACAACGUCUUUUGUCCUGGAGAACUCCUGAAUGUGACUGUCAUGAGCGAUAUACACCAACAUUUCACACCCAGCCGAGAUUUAGACCUGAAGACUUGUGUACAUGUGGUAUAAGUAGUAAUCAAGUUCAUUCUUCAAACAAAUUUGAUAACAAGCAAGAGCGAGGUCGUUCAAAAAGUGUAGGAUAUGAAGCAUCACGUGAAGUGGCUCAGUUUCGUCGGUGUGCGAGUGCUGGAGCUACAGUGGGCGCGGAGACAGCGGCAGCGCUUCGCGCUCGCGCCGCUCUUACACUCACCAGACGCUACUACCCUGAAGGUGGUUGGGGUUGGACCAUAACCGUAGUGGGCACUAUUGUACAAGUGCUGUCACACGGUCUACAGCUAGGUGGCGGCACUGGUGCAAUAGCCUGUACAGCGGCUGUCAAAUAUCACGUCUCGCCGCUUUAUACGCAUGAAUUUAUUAACGUUAACGUGGUUGAGUUUGACUAUGGUUAG